CCUCAAGCAGACGCCCCCUGCUAGCUGUGCAUAUCAGCCCUCUGCGAAACACGGCCCCAUGUGCGAACAGCGAACAGGCGCGGCGGCAGGCGCCUGGAGCUCUCCAGGUCGGUCUUAGCGUCUUGCUCUGAGGACAAUCUCCGAGUCUGCCUCACGCUGUCAAGUACCGAUGGUAUGGACCCGUUGACUGCUACUCGCGGCCACACCGCCGCAGCACUGCAAACCGACAUCUCAAUUUGGAUCGACUGAGGCUGCCCUGCCCUGCAUCCGCCAGAUAUAUUCCGCCCUUGUACGCCCUGCGAUCCACUACCGCUAGCCACUCCCCUCCACGUCUUCAUAUUCCACUCCCGCCGCCUUCGCCCUUCAAUCCAGCAUCCACGCCCAUCCGACUGCAUUCCUUUCUUUCAUACUUGUCUACCAUGUCUUCCCGGGACCAGCCCACGCCGCCCUUCAAUUCGCCCUACCAGCAGGCUCUCCGCUCCGCGUCUUUGCUCCAGUCACCAGCGUACCCCUCACCUGCUCGGAGCGAUUCUGUUUCUGAGCCUUCCAAGUAUCCGCCCGACGGUCUCGGGCUUUACAGCUACUCCCAGCCGUUCCCCGCGUCGGGGCCACCGACGAGCUCCGUCCUUUACCCCCCCUCACCUCAGCCUACAGAAGCCUGGGCCCACCUCUCCACUGGCACCUCACCACUCGUCCCCGACCCAAUUGUAGAUCCAUGGACUUCAGGAGCCUAUGACCACCCGGUGUCGAGGUCACCGCUACCCUGGGGCGCGUAUCAGCCAUCCCACCGAUCCUCGCUCUCCUCUUCCACCCGAGAGAUGUCCAUUUUCUCAGGCGACGGCUCCGAACACGGCUUCCCACCCGUCAAGCUCGAGGGAUCCGAGUGGGCGACCGACGAGGAGUCUCCACCGGGCACGGUUGCGCCGGAGCGGCUCACUGCCACCGGCAUGUUUGCGUACGAACAGUCAUACGGCACGUCCCCAAUGACGAAAUUUGAGUCCACGCCCAGUGGAAGCUACGAGCACCGACAUUCCCAGCAACUGCCGCACGAAGGGCGCCCAAAGAGCUCGCAAGAUGACGACGGCCGGCCUGGUGUUACGCCACGCGUCCGGCGUCGAAGACAAAAGAUUCCCGCGGAGGAGGCGAAAUACUCUUGCGACAUCUGCGGCAGGGGCUUCAUCAGAAGCUACAACCAGAAGACGCACAUGCACACGCACAAUCCGCAGCGGCCCAAGGACCACCCUUGCAUGUACAGAGACUGCGACAAGAAGUUUGUGCGCAAGACGGACCUGCACCGACACUGCACGAGCGUGCACAAGAAGGCAAAGGACUUCAAAUGCUGCAGAUGCACUGCGACAUUCUCACGAAAGGACACGCUCCGAAGACACGAGGAGGACGGCUGCCCCAAGCGCAACGAGCUGUCGGACCCGAACCUGCUUUCACGCACACGGUCGAUGCGGACGGCGCCUGUACCACAGAUGCCCUACUAUCACUCGCCGCGGCCGGACAUGUACUCGAGCACGCCCGUGCCCGUGGGCUAUCAGUCGGCGGAGGCCGCACAAGACUUCUUUGCAACAAGACCACAUCACCACCAAGGCGUGGGCGCAUACGACACGCGCUCUCCCCUUUUCCGGGAGGACAGCUUCGGGGCGACGUCGCACGGCCUCUAAGCGUGGAUGGGUGGCUAUUGGGCGGGAGGGGUCAUUUCCGGA